AUGCCUCCGGACGGAGCCCGCAGCCGAGACCAGCCUCCCUCUCCGUGCCGAGGGGUGCAGUGCCCGUUCGGGGCGACGUGUGCUGUGAGGAACGGGGAAGCCCAGUGUGCGUGCCCACAGGCGUGCUCGGGCGUCUACGACCCCGUGUGCGGCAGCGACGGUGUCACCUACAGCAGCACCUGCGAGCUGGAGGCCACCGCCUGCACUCUUGGGCGGGAGAUCCGGGUGGCUCGCCGGGGACCCUGUGACCGCUGCGGGCAGUGCCGCUUCGGAGCGCUGUGCGAGGCGGCCAGCGGCCGCUGCCCCGGCGUGGGCGGCCUCAGGUGCGACCGCUGUGAGCCCGGCUUCUGGAACUUCCGGGGCAUCGUCACCCACGGCCGGAGCGGCUGCACCCCCUGCAGCUGUGACCCCCGGGGCGCUGUCCGGGACGACUGCGAGCAGAUGACCGGGCUGUGCUCCUGCAAGCCGGGCGUGGCCGGCCCCAAGUGUGGGCAGUGCCCCGACGGCCGCGCCCUGGGCCCCGCCGGCUGCGAGACGGACUCCUCGGGCCCCAGGACCUGUGCUGAGAUGCGCUGUGAAUUCGGGGCGUCCUGCGUGGAGGAGGCCGGCUCUGCCCACUGCGUGUGCCCCACCCCCGCCUGCCCGGGCCCCAACGCCACCAAGGUCUGCGGCUCGGACGGCGUCACCUACGGGAACGAGUGCCAGCUGAGGGGCAUCGCCUGCCGCCGCGGCCAGCCCCCCAGGCCCUGCGACUCCCAGCCCUGCCUCCACGGAGGCACCUGCCAGGACUGGGGUGCAGGCGGACACUUCACCUGCAGCUGCCCAGCUGGCAGAGGGGGUGCUGUCUGUGAGAAGGUGCUACACCCCGCGGUGCCGGCGUUUGGGGGCCACUCUUUCCUGGCCUUCCCCACUCUGCGCGCCUACCACACGCUGCGCCUGGCACUGGAGUUCCGGGCGCUGGAGCCACGGGGAAUGCUACUGUACAAUGGCCACGCGCGUGGCAAGGACUUCCUGGCGCUGGCCCUGCCCUAUCCUGAGUGCCAGCUCCUGUCCUGCAGGUUUGACACAGGCUCGGGGCCCGCGGUGCUGACCAGCACCGUGCCCGUGGAGCCGGGACGGUGGCACCGCCUGGAGCUGUCCCGGCACUGGCGCCAGGGCUCACUGUCAGUGGACGGCGAGAGCCCAGUGCUGGGCGAGAGCCCCAGCGGCACUGACGGCCUCAACCUGGACACAGACCUGUUCGUGGGAGGCGUGCCGCAGGACCUGGCUUCCGUGGUGCGCGAGCAGACCUCAGUCAGCACUGGUCUCAGGGGCUGCAUCCGCCUGCUGGACGUGAACAACCGGCAGCUGGAGCUGGGCAGCUGGCCGGGGGCUGCCACCCGGAGCUCUGGCGUGGGCACGUGCGGGGACCACCCCUGCCUGCCCAGCCCCUGCCGUGGCGGGGCCCCGUGCCAGGCCCUGGAGGCCGGCCAGUUCCAUUGCCAGUGCCCACCUACCCGCUUCGGCCCCACCUGUGCUGAGGAGAAGAGUCCCUGUGAGCCAAACCCCUGCCAUGGGGCCGCCCCGUGCCAUGUGCUGCCUGAGGGCGAGGCCAAGUGCGAGUGCCCCCCAGGGCGAGGGGGCCCUCUCUGCCAGACGGUCUCGGUGCAGGAUGGUCCCCGGCCCUUACUGGCUGACUUCAGUGGCUUCUCCUUCCUGGAGCUGAAGGGCCUGCACACCUUCGACCGCGACCUGGGGGAGAAGCUGGCCCUGGAGGUGGUGUUCCUGGCCCGGGGCCCCAGCGGCUUGAUCCUCUACAACGGGCAGAAGACCGACGGCAGGGGCGACUUUGUGUCACUGGCGCUGCAGGACGGCCACCUGGAAUUCCGCCGGAGCGGCCGCAAGGGCUCCCUGCGCGUCGGCGACGGGCCGCGUGUGCUGGGGGAGUCCCCGAAAUCCCGCAAGGUGCCGCACACCGUCCUCAACCUGAAGGAGCCGCUGUAUGUUGGCGGCGCUCCAGACUUCAGCAAGCUGGCCCGGGCAGCGGCGGUGGCCUCGGGCUUCGACGGCGCCAUCCAGCGGGUGUCCCUGAACGGCCGGCAGCUGCUGACCCAGGAGCACGUGGUGCGGUCGGUGGGCGCGGCGUCCUUCCCGGACCACCCCUGCGCCCGGGCCUCUGGCCACCCGUGCCUGCACGGGGCCGUCUGCCUGCCGCGGGAGGCGGCCUACGAGUGCCUGUGCCCCGCGGGCUUCUCGGGGCUCCACUGCGAGAAGGCUGACCGGCCUCCCGCCCGCAGAGAGAAGGCGCUGCAGAGCGACCACUUCGAGCUGAGCCUGCGCACGGAGGCCACCCAGGGGCUGGUGCUGUGGAGCGGGAAGGCGGCCGCCCGGGCGGACUACGUGGCCCUGGCCAUCGUGGACGGGCGCCUGCAGCUGACCUACGACCUGGGCUCCCGGCCCGUGACGCUGCGCUCCUCGGUGCCUGUCAACACCGGCCGCUGGCUGCGGGUCCGGGCACACAGGGAGCAGAGGGCAGGCUCCCUCCAGGUGGGCAACGAGGCCCCUGUGACCGGCUCCUCCCCGCUGGGCGCCACACAGCUGGACACCGAUGGAGCCCUGUGGCUGGCCUCGGCGCUGCUGGUCAUCCCGCAGCCCACACUGGCCACGCCUGCCUCCCCCAGGGCCCUCCCUGAGCCCUCCCCACCGCUGCGGUCGCAGGCUCCCCGCAGCCGCUGGAGGCCAAAGGCGGCCGAGCUGACCAGCCCUGGGGAGCCGCGGAGGCCAAAGGCGGCCGAGCUGACCAGCCCUGGGGAGCCGCGGGCCUGGCCGCUCUCUGGCAAGCUGCGGGCGGCGGCCGAGGAGCAGGUGCUACUGGGACAGGAGGUCCAAGAGGCCCCAGGCUUCCUCCACCACUGGCCUCAGGCUCUGUGA